AUGUUCGACAACGUUAACAACUCGGCCGACGGUGGCGCCAUGGCUUACGCCUUCAAAAUGGUAUCAAGCGAAGUCCAGCAAAACAUGCUGGGCUUCAACAUUCCACCCGAACACCAGGACAUAGUUCACGAGCACUGGCGAAACUUCCCAGCGGUCGACAAGUUCUGGCACUACUGCUUGGCUCUUAUCUACACAAUGCUCAUGGUAUCGUCGUUUUGCGGCAAUGGAAUCGUUGUAUGGAUCUUUAGCACCUCAAAAUCACUCCGAUCAGCGAGUAACAUGUUCAUCGUGAACCUGGCUCUAUUCGACUUGGUAAUGAUGCUCGAGAUGCCUCACCUCAUCAUGAACUCCUUCACCCAGAAGAUGCUGGGUUACCAGUUCGGCUGCGAUAUCUACGCCACGCUGGGAUCAAUUUCAGGAAUUGGAGCAGCAAUCACCAACGCUGUUAUCGCAUAUGACAGAUAUAAGACCAUCUCUUGCCCAAUUGACGGUAGGAUCAACAAAGUGCAAGCAGGCAUCCUCAUUGCCUUUACCUGGUUCUGGAGUUUGCCAUUCACUGUUCUGCCCCUCACCAAAAUCUGGGGAAAGUUCGUGCCAGAGGGUUUCCUUACAACCUGCUCAUUCGACUUCUUCAGCGAUGACCAGGACACUAAAGUUUUCGUUGCCUGCAUCUUUGUGUGGAGUUAUGCUAUUCCUAUGGCUCUCAUCUGCUUCUUCUACUCGAAAUUGUUCAGCGCUGUACGUCUCCACGAGAAAAUGCUUAAGGAACAGGCCAAGAAGAUGAACGUGAAAUCUCUUGCAUCCAACAAGGAAGAUGGCGGAAAGAGCGUUGAAAUCAGAAUCGCGAAGGUUGCUUUCACGAUCUUCUUCUUGUUCGUCUGCGCCUGGACCCCAUACGCCGUAGUAACCAUGAUCGGUGCCUUCGGAGACAGGGGUCUGCUUACUCCUCACGUGACCAUGAUCCCUGCCGUAUUCGCCAAGAGUGUCUCAUGUAUCGACCCAUGGGUAUACGCCAUCAACCACCCAAGAUACAGGGCUGAGCUCGAGAAGAGGCUGCCAUGGAUGGGCAUCAAGGAAGCUGACCCAGACACCCAGUCCACCAACGCCAGCACCACGACUCAAGCGCAAUCGGCUGACGCGUAA